AUGUCGAGCUCCUCCUUCGCGUCCUCCUCCUCCUCCUCCUCCUCGGCGCGCGCGUCGUCGACCUCGCGCGUCGCCGACGCGUCCGCGCUCCGCCGUCGCGCGUCGCCGGCGCGUCGUCGUCGCGGCGCGGCGACGACGCGAUGCAAGGUGGGCGUCCGCGGUCCGUCGUCCAAGACGUCGGACGACACGCAGACCGCGGCGGCGGUGACGUCUCGACGCGCGCUGCUCGCGGGGAAGGCGCUCUUCACCGUCGGCGAGGCGUUCGUGUUCCCGUGGGCGACCGAGGGCGCGACGCGACCGAAGUAUCUCGACGGCCCGGACCUCGCGCCGUUCUCCCCGGCGUGGCUUCAGUCCAUCCUUUACGUCCCCACCGACCCCGACGCCAAGGGGCGCGCGAAGGCGGCGCUGACGCGCGGGGAGGCGCUCGCGUCCGAGGGGAAGCACGCGGACGCGAUCGCGGCGUUCGAGAGCGUCUACGCGGUGGCGCCCACGGAGUACAAGAUGUGCCAGCGCGCGGGCCUCGACAUCGCGAAGUCGUACAAGGCCCAGAGCGUUAGACUCGGGGACGAGUUCGAUAAGAAGGCGAACGACGCGAAGGGCGUGGUGUGGUGGUGGGGCCGCGGCACGCGGUGGCCGGGGUGGUACAUCAUCGCGUACCUCAGCGCGAGGAACGUGUAUUUCACGGCGAGGGACGACGAGGUUGGCGCGUUCAGCGUCGCUGAGGCGUUGGGAUUUCUCGUGCCCAUCUGGUUUGGGUUGCUCUACGUCCUCGUGCAGUUUGGCAUCCCCGACUAUUAG